AUGCAAUCCCCCCCGAAUGCCCAGAAGAUGGAAGGUCGCCCAGAGCUAUCGUCAGAGAUAACAGUUCGCUGCUUUGAGCGACUUGCUGCACAACUUAAAACAUGCCAGCAAAUUCCGGUCCCCGAUAAAAAUACCACCGUACCCCACCCGCACUUGGAAUAUUUGCGUAAGUGGAUCUCGAAAUUCGAGCGGCUUCAAUCCUCAAAGGACGAAGAGGAGCAUAAACGCAACCAAAAGGAGUGUAUCGAAGAGCUGUUGGACAGCAUUCCUCCCAGAGCCGCGCAGAACACGAUGGAGACCUGGCGUCAAAGUAUGAGGGAGAAUUCAACACAGUCGAAUGGCAUCCGAAUGGCUGCAAACGCAGCCGAUAACGUGGGCGGAGUCACGUCUCAACAGGACCAAACUUCGAAUAAUUUUGUUAUAGAAACUCAAGAUUCAGAUGUAGAGGUCCCAGUUCACAGCGGCGGCCCUGCGGCCAGCUGCAAUCGUGCCAUCGAUUUGAGCAGCGAUGCGCGCAAUACCUAG